AUGCUCUGUUCUCUUGCUCGGUUCCCCUCCUCUGUUCCGCUGCUCUGUUUCCCUGCUCGGCUCUCUUGCUCUCUCCCCCUGCUCUGUUUCCCUGCUUGGUUCUCCUUCUCUCUCCCCCUGCUCUGUUCCUCUAGUCAUUUCCCCUUCUUUGUUAUCUGCUCUGUUUCCCAGCUGUGUUCCCUACUUUUGCCCGAGCUCAGUUCUCAUGCUCUCUCCCCUGCCCUGUUUCUUUGCUCGGUUCUCAUGCUCUCUCCCCUGCCCUGUUUCUCUCUCCCCUGCCCUGUUUCCCUGCUCGGUUCUCAUGCUCUUUCCUGCUCUGUUUCGCUGCUUGGGUCUCAUGCUCUCCCCCCCUGCUCUUUUUCCCCGCUCGGCUCUCUUGCUCUCUCACACUGCUCUGUUCCCCUCGUCAUUUCCCCUUCUUUGUUAUCCGCUCUGUUACCCUGCUAUGUUCCAUACUCCCCGCUUCCCCCUCUCCUGCAUGCUUUCCACUCACUCCAGCCCCCCUUCCCCCUCUCCUGCAUGCUUUCCACUCACUCCAGCCCCGCUUCCCCCUCUCCUGCAUGCUUUCCACUCACUCCAGCUCCGUUUCCCCCUCUCCUGCAUGCUUUCCACCCACUCCAGCCCCCCUUCCCCCUCUUCUGCAUGCUUUCCACUCACUCCAGCCCCCCUUCCCCCUCUCCUGCAUGCUUUCCACUCACUCCAGCCCCCCUUCCCCCUCUCCUGCAUGCUUUCCACUCACUCCAGCCCCGCUUCCCACUCUCCUGCAUGCUUUCCACUCACUCCAGCCCCCCUUCCCACUCUCCUGCAUGCUUUCCACCCACUCCAGCCCCCCUUCCCCCUCUCCUGCAUGCUUUCCACCCACUCCAGCCCCCCUUCCCCCUCUCCUGCAUGCUUUCCACUCACUCCAGCCCCCCUUCCCCCUCUCCUGCAUGCUUUCCACCCACUCCAGCCCCCCUUCCCCCUCUCCAAAAUGCUUUCCACUCACUCCAGCCGCGCUUCCCCCUCUCCUGCAUGCUUUCCACCCACUCCAGCCCCCCUUCCCCCUCUCUUGCAUGCUUUCCACCCACUAUAGCCCCCCUUCCCCCUCUCCUGCAUGCUUUCCACCCACUCCAGCCCUCCUUCCCCCUCUCCUGCAUGCUUUCCACUCACUCCAGCCCCCCUUCCCCCUCUCCUGCAUGCUUUCCACCCACUCCAGCCCCCCUUCCCCCUCUCCUGCAUGCUUUCCACCCACUCCAGCCCCCCUUCCCCCUCUCCUGCAUGCUUUCCACCCACUCCAGCUCCCCUUCCCCCUCUCCAAAAUGCUUUCCACCCACUCCAGCCCCCCUUCCCCCUCUCCAAAAUGCUUUUUCACCCACUCCAGCUCCCUUUCCCCCUCUCCUGCAUGCUUUCCACCCACUCCAGCCCCCUUCCCCCUCUCCAAAAUGCUUUCCACCCACUCCAGCCCCCCUUCCUCCUCUCCAAAAUGCUUUUCCACCCACUCCAGCCCUUGGCGUGGCAAAGCGGAAGCUGAAUUACUGGCGAGGUCGCUUAUCGAUGCAUGCGCGGAAAGUGUUUUGCGAUGCGUUCGGCCUCGCGUGCGAGGCAAAUCCGCGGCUCAAAUACGCUUACGACGAGCUUGUCAGUGAUGAGCAGCUGACUUUGAAGGACGUGUAUGAUCUGGAAGGCGUGAAGCCCCUCGGUAUGUAUGCGACUUGCCCUGAACCCUCAAUCGCACUCACCGAUCCCCUAUGUCCCUCAUUUGCUCCUCUCCAUUCCCUUUGCCCAUCACUCCAUUCCCUCUGUCCCUCCUUUGCUCCUCUCCAUUCCCUUUGCCCAUCACUCCAAUCCCUCUGUCCCUCCUCUUCUCCUCUGCUGCUCCUUCCAUGCCCAUCACUCCCCCUCGCAUCCCAUUAUUUGGCAGUCAAAGGCGGACUGCUGCGAUGGCAUGUGGAUGACAAGCUGAACCGCCCUUUUGCAACGGGGCUGUUUGACAUCAUCAUUCGGAAUGCGUUUCAGAAGGGUGUUGGUGGUUCUGCGACUGUCAUCAAGGCUUUCCACAUUGCAUACGUCCUGUAUUUGGUAGUCACUCCAGGCCUUCCGCUCACCUCCUCCUCACCCUCUUCCCUUCCUCCCAACCCCACCUGUGUGCCUCUGUUGCCCCUUGUGCAGUGUCGCAGUCACUCCAGGCCUUCUGCUCACCUCAUCCUCGCCCUCUACCCUUCCUCCCAACCCUACCUAUGUGCCUCUGUUGCCCCUUGUGCAGGGGCAGUCACUCCAGGCCUUCCGCUCACCUCAUCCUCACCCUCUACCCUUCCUCCCAACCCCACUGGCAGUCAUUCCAGGCCUUCCACUCACCUCAUCCUCACCCUCUACUUUUCCUCCCAACCCUACCUAUGUGCCUCUGUUGCCCCUUGUGCGGGGGCAGCCACUCCAGGCCUUCCACUCACCUCAUCCUCACCCUCUUCCCUUCCUCCCAACCCCACCUAUGUGCCUCUGUUGCCCCUUGUGCAGGGGCAGUCACUCCAGGCCUUCCGCUCACCUCAUCCUCACCCUCUUCCCUUCCUCCCAACCCCACCUAUGUGCCUCUGUUGCCCCUUGUGCAGGGGCAGUCACUCCAGGCCUUCCGCUCACCUCAUCCUCACCCUCUUCCCUUCCUCCCAACCCCACCUAUGUGCCUCUGUUGCCCCUUAUGCAGGGGCAGUCACUCCUGCCAUGUCGCAAGACCCUCCAGCACACUUCCCCUAUGCCCAUAUCCCAUUCCCCCUUGUUGAGCACGGUGUUCAGCAUCACACCACGAACGGCAAGAAGGUUUCAACCGAUGCCUGCGUCAACCACGACCAGAUCCUCUCGCUUCACAGGAAGGUGAAGGCGGCGAUCAAGAAGUAUCUGGAUGACACUCCUGACGACCAGCUGCCGUCUUGGGAUGCGGAUCACCAGGGAUGGGUAUUCGGACCGACAGGCACCGUUGUCAUCUCGGGCAGCGGCUUUCCGAAUCACAUCCCCUACGGCGCAGAUCCUGACGAGGGACAAGGAGGAGGCGUAGAUCCUGGUGAAGUAUUGCAGGAUGCAGGCCGACAAGGAUGA